AUGCAGAACCCAUUUGUGAAUAACCCACCGUCCUCUUCUCCUGUGAAAAGGUCUCAGGUCCCCGGAGGACGCAUCAACAAACGACCCACAUCUUCUGCUACUACAAAUAUGUCUAACUCUUCGUCCAGCUCUUCGCUACUUGCUUCUCCAGUAAGACGACCCAGGUCCACUUCUUCAGCUGGUUCUGGAUUUGCUGACAGAUUCAUACCUAAUAGGACGGAAAUGGAUUUGAAUACCGUCAGUUCAAUCAGGUCAAACCCAAGUAUACCGGCUUUCAAGCCUUCUAAUGGGUCAGAUAACCGUUUGGAAUGGGAAAGGGAACGUCAGGCUCAUCAGACUUUUGAUAUCGUAUUGAAGAACGAAUUAUUCGGGGAACUUCUAAACACUGAUUCUAAUAGUGGUGAUACGAUAUCUAGAAUUCAAUACUCUGAAUCUUUGGAAAGACCUACGACACCUCCUAGCGGGCAUAGAGAUGGUGGCGAUACUGAUGAAGACGAAGAGCAAACUUAUCAGAACUUAAACUCGGAACCUCCAACCACACCUAGACGAAACCAUUCAAGUUUCUUGCAUCAUGAUUCACAUAGACCUACUUCAAACAGCACGAAGGGUGUAAGCUUAUUCAGUUAUGGAUCUAGGUCACAAUCCAAUCGAUUACACUCUUCGAAUUUGGAUUUGGGACCAAAUGCUACCGCAUCGAUGAUGAACAACCAGUAUUUCCAAUCGUUAUCUCCAAUGCGACCAGAGUCACAAAAAUUAUUGCUAUCCCCAGGAAAGAAAUUUAGAGAGAUCGCUAAGGUACCGUACAGAGUUUUAGAUGCUCCAUCUUUAGCAGAUGAUUUCUACUACGACUUGAUUGAUUGGUCCAGUACCGAUGUUUUGGCAGUGGCAUUGGGUAAAUCAAUUUUCCUUUCGGAUAACACUACAAAUGACGUUACCCAUUUGGCCACUUCAGAGUCUGAUUUUACAAGUUUAAGCUGGGUCGAUUCCGGUUCUCACUUAGCUGUAGGGUUAUCCAGUGGUAUAGUUGAGAUAUAUGAUGUUUUAAAGAACAAAUGUAUUCGAACCCUCUCUGGGCAUGUGGAUAGAGUAGCAUGUUUAAGUUGGAACAACCACGUUUUAUCGAGUGGAUCAAGAGAUAGGAAAAUCUUACAUAGGGAUGUGAGAGCUCCUGAGCCAUUUUUUGAACAGAUUGACACACAUUCGCAGGAAGUUUGUGGGUUGAAAUGGAAUGUUAAUGAGAAUAAGCUAGCAUCUGGUGGUAACGAUAAUAUGGUAUACGUUUAUGAUGGUACUUUACGACAACCGAUGUUAUCGAUGGAGGAACAUACUGCAGCAGUCAAAGCUAUGGCUUGGUCUCCUCAUACUCGAGGAGUUCUAGCUACUGGAGGUGGUACUGCGGAUAAAAAACUCAAGAUCUGGAAUAUUUCGAAAGCAGUCAAAUUGAAUGAAGUGGAUACUGGAUCACAACUGUGCAAUAUGCUUUGGUCAAAGAACACAGACGAGAUCAUCACUUCGCAUGGAUACUCUAAAUAUAAUCUCACACUUUGGAACUAUCCAACUUUGGAGCCGAUGGCUGUCUUAAAGGGACAUAGCUUUAGAGUAUUACAUCUCACACUAUCGGCAGAUGGGACUACUGUGGUCUCGGGUGCCGGUGAUGAAACACUAAGAUAUUGGAAGUUGUUUGAUAAACCUAAAUCUAGAGGAUACCAGGACUCGCUUAUAACUAACGCAUUCGAUAAUUUAAGGUAA